AUAGCCGAUACAUGUACCGUACAUUCAUUCGCCUAAGUUCACUAUAUUAUUUGGGUUUGUCUUUCAGGAUCCAAUUUCUGCCGGCCAUUAGCCUCUUCCCGAAGUUCAGCAAAAGGGAUCAACUCUACGCAGAGAGUGAAGUCAAAGCAACAACAGCUUCAGGUUACAGGAUUGCCCAUUCUCAUCAAAAUGGCCGAAUCUGCACCACCCACUGAGACCACUUGCAAGAUUAGACAUAUACACAUCGAAUGCCCAAUCUGUCUGACUCGGUUCACGGAUCCAAAAAUCCUGGACUGUCAGCACAGCUUCUGCCUAAAAUGCCUUCAUGAUCUUACAGACAAACAGGAUCCGAAAACGAAUAUUAUUAUAUGUCCCGUCUGUAGAGAAAACACUUUAAUCCCAGAAAAGGGAGUGUCGGCUCUUCUUAACUGCUUUUUCUUGAGCUCACUUAUUGACGACGUCAUAAAUCUUGAAGGUCUAAAAGAAGACACCAACCCUCGUAGCUCAACUUGCCAAGGAUGCGACGAAGGUCUGAAAGCCGUUUCAUGGUGUGUUGACUGUGACAUGAGUUUUUGCACUGCAUGUCUGGAACACCACGCGAAAAGACACAGGCAUCAUCGGAUCAAUGAUGCUGUCGGCUCGUCAAAUGGGCGACCCAAAGACAAGGACAAAUCUAAAUCUCCAAAGUGCUGGAAACACACUGACCAGGAGUUGCGUUUUUACUGCGAAAAUUGUGAUGUACAUGCGUGCCCUGUUUGUGUUGUGUAUGAUCACCGAGCGUCAAAACACAAAAUCUUUGAAAUCAAAGAUUUCAUUCGAGUUUUUCGUGAAGCUGUCGCAGCGGAAUUGAUGAAUUUCGAUGAAUGUCGCAAGCAAUUUCAAAAAGUGGAUGACUCCGUUAAACACUCGCAGCGUAGAUUACAGCUCAUGGUCGACCGGGCUCUUCGAGAUAUUGCGGCUAAGGAGAAAGUGGAAAUCGCUAAAAUAAGAAAUGCAUCUCGCCUCCUACAAAAAAGAGUCACUCAAAUCGGUCAAGAAAGAGGUGAGAAAUUUGGCAGCAUCAGGAGCAGCAAUUGCAACAAGAUGAGCCGUGGAGAGCAAAUCGUAGCUUCAGUCAACAACUUGAUGCAAUAUGCUGAUGACUUUGAGCUGCUGGACCUCAAGGCAAAGGUUAUGCACAACUUGACUUUCCUCAAAGAGCUCCAGUUUCGAUCAGUGCAGCGUAGCAAGUCAUUCAUCAUGUUCAAAGGUCAUGGUGUCGUCACUGAUGCGGAUAUCGGUGAAAUACUAGAGGAAGAGAAGUGGGAGGUGAAGACAGAGUUUGGUAGAAAAGGGGAAGGUGAGGGGGAGUUCAAGUUGGCAGCAGACGUUGCUUGUUUUAACACUGGAUACUUGGUUGUUACUGAUACAGAGAGAAAGCUAUUAAGCACAUUUACAGCAAAGGGUUGUCCCAAAUCCACAGGCGUUCAAUGCGGAACAGAGGAUGGUAAACUAAAACAUCCUUACGGUGUUGCCGUGACCUCUGAUGACCUGCUUCUGGUUACUGAUGGACAGGACGUAAAGGUUUAUGACAGAGAACUGAGAUACAUUCGUCAGUUCAGACCCUCGCAGAAUGAAUUCGAUGGGCAGUCAGAGAGUCUACUCAGUGGAAUCGCAGUGGAUAAGAAAGAUCGAAUUGCAGUGGCUGACUGUAUAAGAAAGAUUAUAUCUUUCCAUAAUAUGGACGGAUCUACCAUUAAUACUACACAUCAUGGCGAUAUAAGCAAUCCAUGCAGGAUAUCUGUAAGCAGCAAAGAGCGACUAAUAUUUACAAACUACCACAAGAUGAAACUGGUUUGUGUGGAUUUCAUGGGAAACGAGGUGUUCAAUAUCAGGACCACUAUUGGCGGCAAACCUGUAAAACCUGUCGGUGUGUGCUGCGACGAUGCUGGAGACAUAUAUGUGUCUCUUCAUUACGGUACAUUGGGAGCCUGUGAGAUUCAUCAUUACGAUGCAUCGGGUGAGCACAUCGGCCGUGUAGCUCGUGGCUUGUUUGCUAUAUCCAUGACGUUUACUCCUGCCGGUGAACUAAUCAUAGCUAGUUUUCACUCGGUCAAGAUCUUGCACUGCGUGCGAGUUCCAAUUACGAAACCGAUUUCGUGUAGAAAAUGUGUAGAAAAUGUUAAUAAAAGCAGAUACUAAUAAUUAAAUACUAAUAAUUAAAUGAGAGACUCGGUCAUACUCAAGAAUGUGUAAUAGACUGACACCAUGUCGGGAAUCAAGAGAGUGGUUUAUUAUGACACUCAGGUCACAGGUCACGAAACUAAGGUGCUCCAUAUGUGACAGAAUAUAUGUCAUUUGGAGAAAACCGGAGAAAUGGAGAAAACCACAAACUGCAGUUUAUUAUUUGGGACGUAACAAUCACUUCUCUAAAUCUUAAAAUAUUCGUUUUAAUUUGUGUUUAAAGGGUCUAUGUACUUUUUGUAGGAAAAAACACGUCCACAGAAUUACACUAAACUUAC